UCCCCGAGUUCUUCCGGCAGCCAUAGACUAGUGACGCCAUUCAUAACUGCGACAAUAAUGUGCUCAAGACAGAAAAGGAAAAAACGAAGCUAAGUCUUCUAGGUGAACAUCUAGUCUGCUCAUUGAACAACAGAUUGUUUAUUUUAUCUCUGCGCUACAGACCUGCUGAACGGAUCGGUUUCACUGUAGAUGUGCCGCUUAACUCUUUUGCCGAAUGACCUGCAUUCGCGCGAGUUUUGAAAACUUUCAUUAAAGGUGACCGAGAUACAGUUAAAAUGACAGAAAAGUGUGUUACAGUUUUUGGCCAGGAAGGGUUCAGCAUUGAAGAGCAUGAAGCCGUGCAGCAAGUGUUGCGUCAACGGCUGGGCCCAGAAUUUAUCAGUCAACGAACUGGUGCUGCUGGAGUGAAGCUAGCAUAUAUUGAGGGCUGGCGUCUCAUCAGUUUGGCCAAUGAAACAUUUGGUUUCAAUGGAUGGUCACACUCAGUGACACAGCAAACAGUUGAUUUUGUGGACCACAUCAAUGGUAAAUACUAUGUGGGAGUCAGUGCACUAGUUAAAGUACAACUGAAGGAUGGAGUUUAUCAUGAAGAUGUUGGCUAUGGGGUCAGUGAAGGGAUGAAAUCCAAGGCUUUGUCACUAGAGAAGGCUCGGAAAGAGGCUGUCACUGAUGGACUUAAGAGAGCUCUUAAGUGUUUUGGAAACAGUCUUGGAAACUGCCUAGGGGACAAGGACUAUCUGAAAUGCAUCAGUCAAGCUCCCAAACCACCACCAGAGGUGUACAGUGUGGCAGACAUGAGGCGAACAAUUCAAGAAGACAAGACAGAGCGUGCACGCAGAUCUGUGAAGUCUAGAGCUUUGUUCAAUUCACUUCAGUGCAACCCUUUUGUUUCUAGAACACUGCAGGUUGCCAUGACAGCUCAGACAGACAGACCAGAACCUGGACAGAUCCUGCUUGAGACAGCCAACAAAAAUGACACAAAUGUUUCUUCUGUGACAAAGGAAAAUGAAAGGCCACUCAGUCCUCCCAACAUUAAAACUAGAGUUAUGGAAAGACCUUUAAACAAUAGCUUAAGGGGAAAAAAUGCUGACUCUGCCGAUAAUACUUCAAGCCCUGAAAACAGAGUGCCUGGUACAAUGUGCCCACAACCUGCCGUGGCUAUUUCAAUAGAUACUGAUAGUUUGCUCAGUGCAGAUCCACAUAGGAAGAGUGUGCAAGACAAGCCAGGAAAUGGGCAUAUACAAAGCACAGAACAACUGGUUGUUGAAAGCUUGGAACAGUGUGUGGAACAAGAACGCCAACAGCGGCUACUGCGCAAGCAGCUUCGCCAGCAAGAGUUUUUAGAACAUACUAAGAAUCAUGGAGAGAAAAUCCAUCAUGGUCAAAGACAGAGCCCUCGUUUUCGCAAGUGUGUGAGUACAACUAGUUUGCCUCCACAUUCUGUUGAUAUGACCUUACCAGGACUUCCCAAGGCCACCUCGACACCAGCAUCAGAGUAUAAAAAAUGCCAGCAGUCAAGCACAGGGAAAAAAUGCUUGGAGGUUGAAAAUAGAAAUGUUGACGGCUUUAUAAUUGGAGAAGAUGAGUUUGAUGAUUUUAUUUUGACGCAAGCCCAAAGUUCUAAUGUGGGAGACAAAGCUGAAGAUGGAACCAAGAAGAAACUGGAUGAUGAAAGUAAUCUAGAUGUUGCUAAAAGAAGACGACUUGGAGAUGUAUCAUAACCUAUCAAACGUCAGUUUGGUAUUAGAUGAAAUGCAUGCUGAAAUUUUUGAAAUUGUAAAUGCCAUAAUAAAGGGGAAGUACUUAAACUUUU